AUGACUGAAUAUCCUCCAGAGGCUGGUUAUCCAAUCGGUGGUGAUUUUGAAAUCAAAUACUAUAUGAUUGAAACUCAUUUCAAUAAUCCAAAUCGACUUUCAAGUAUUGAUGGUAGUUCAGGUAUUCAAUUUUACCUUGGUGAUCAAUUACGUCAAUACGAUAUUGGUUAUUUACCAUUUGGUACAGAUAUUCGGCCAAAUACUCUUGCUAUUCCACCUUAUGCACAAAAUUUUAUUGUUGAUUCCUUUUGUCCAAACUCUGUGACUAUGAAUAUUCCAAAUUCUGAAAUAUCAAUUGUCUCAGCUUUUCCACAUGCUCAUUUACACGUUAAAAUAAGAAAUAGAUUUUUCAAUUAA